CUCCAUAUCAACUUAACAAAAUCAUCCAUGGGAAUUCCUUUGCCUCCUUACUAUCUUACUCUUUUUCUCCUCCUUUUCAUCUCCUUCAACAAUGUCGGCCAUCGAAACCUCGUUUUCGCCGAUGAUGCCCUGAUUGAAGCCCAAUGUCACAAUGCUGAAGUCCCCGAAACCUGCAUAAAAUGCGUAAAAUCUGAUCCUCGAAGUCAAUCAGCCAAUAAAGUUGGCAUUGCCGCCAUCAUCAUAACUUGUCUUAGCAACAAAGCCACGACCUUGAUAAACAACAUGACGACUCUUGCUUCGGGCGCUCGCGACAAGAACUUGAAAGUGGCUCUCCGAGGUUGCGAGAAAGGGUUUUACUACACAAAAACCAAUUUGAUCGCUGCGACGAGCCGAUUGAAGGGGAAAGAAUAUGAUCAAACGAAUCUUCUGGUGAAACAAGCGCUCGAAGAAGAAUUUGUUUGUAAGAUGAAAGUGAAGGCUUUACGAUUUAACUUUCCGAGUAGUGUCACGUUUGACAUGGGAGUUUACGAGGAACUUUCAACUGCAGUAAUGAGAAUAGUUGAUAGGUUUGUAUGAGAGUGAAAAAUGGAAAAUAAAAAUAAAAAUAAAGCAUUAUAUCAGAUAAUAUUAUAUAUUUCAUUUGAAUAAAAACUACUCUUGUUGAGUGUUUUUGUGUGUA